AGUCACGUGAUCGGUAGAAAACACAAAACUCCACAAAAAUUCUCUCUCUCCAUUUCUCUCACUCUCUCAAAAAGGAAGAGACGUAGAGAGAGAUGCCCAUUUCUUUCAGUAGCCUGAGGGACAGGUUCAUCCGGGGGAGAACACAACGUCGUCGGUCUAUGUACGACAAGCCGGCAAGGGAAAGGCACCCCGUCUCUUUCUCAUGUAGUAUAUUGACAGUGUUAACAGUAGUGACUGGUCUCUCUCUACCACAAUGGGCUACCUCAAACUCUUCCAAAUGCAACUGUGUGUUUGGAUUGACUGAAGUGACAUGCAUUAACCCACACACGACUGCAGGGAACUGCGACUCUUUAGCAAUGACUCAGUAUUACAAGACAUCACACGAAAUCCUCAUAUCCUGUAUGCUAAGCAUCAGUGUCCUUAUAAUAAUCUCCUCAUUGAUCGGUGCUGUCAUUAGUUGUGGAUACCCACGCGAGAAACUAGAAUUCAUCCGACACUUAUCAAUAUUUAACAUUGUAUCUAUGCUAUGUGUUGUCCUUGUUGGUGGCUUUUGGCUCGCUGUGUGUGAAACGUUGCCUAUAGAUGGAAAGACUAAAUCCCAAGCAGCCUACAGGGAUACAGUACGAUUUGGCUAUGCCUACUACAUAUACAUGAGCAGUGCUGUGUUUGCACUGAUAGCUACUAGUUUUAAUCUCAUCAGGGCAAGGAGUGCAGCAGAAAGACGAAGGCAUCACAGACGUCACUACAGGCAAAGAUUUAUGCCCGCCCCUCGGGCAGUGCUACCUCCACAGACACUGUCCCAAAGACCACGGCCACAGACAAGGGAACAGCAAGAGGAGGAAAGCCCACCAGAAUAUACUGAAAUAGCUACAACAUCAUUCAUAGAAAAUUUCAGUGAGACAGACAGCUUGAUUGAGCCACCCCCCUAUGUUCCAUGAAUAUUUUUAUUAUUAUUUAUGCUUAAAUUAUCUCUCUCUCUCUCUCUCUUUCUUUGCCUAUAAUUAUUAUUUUUAUCAUGUUUAUAUACACUUGUCGCUUUACUUUUUUGUCUGUAAUGAUGAUAUUAAAUGCAAAUCAAAAAUUUUUGAAAUGAUAAUUAUAAUUGUUUGAUGAUUGGUGAGUGAUUAUACCAGAGUCUUAUUGUGUUCAUUGCCACACCCCUUUAACGAACCCUUUACUACAUGUAAUACAUGUAUACCUUAAUUUAAAGUUUGGUCUUUCCUUGAAGUAUGUCAUCUAUUGACGGAUACAUCCAAUUUGUCUUCUCAAG